AAAUUAGUGUUUUCUAACUAAUUUCAUUUUUUUAUUGUGUGUUCGAUAUGGCACUUUCCAGUAGUAAUGCUCGUUCAUAUCGUUACCCUCAGUCAUCAAGUUCUAUCGAUGCCAACCUGAUUGAUGCGCUGUCGAUCGUCGACGGCUCUCUAUCAUGGUUAACCUCUCGCACGGCCGGGGUACCGGGUACUAGCCGUCGACGAUCUGAGCGAUGGAGCGAACGAGAUUUAAAUUCGGCAAAUCAGGUCCUUAUUUCCAUCAGAAAAUAGACCAACUGGAGGCAAUUGGGAUCAAUUGUUCAUGCAAAACUAUGUUAUAUGAUUAUUUAAGCAUUUUCUGUCAUUUUAAAGAAAAAUAAGGUAAAAGUUGGAUUUUUCACCUUGUUUUUGCAAUCUUGUUCUUUGAAUUGAUUUGUGAAAUUGAACUGCAGAAGUCUUACAGAACAAAAUUGAUUUCGUACGCAGUAAUAUGCGCGUCCGGAAAUAUGAUAGUGUCCGGUAAUACAAUACGUGCCUGUACAGUUGGCAGCUAGCCGCGCUGUAAAAUUCAUGCCCAUCGCCUGUACUCUUCACAUGCUAACCAAUGAGCUACAUAUAGAUUUUAUCCCAGUGCGAUUUAUCGCUAAUCUCCGAAGAGCGGAGGAUCAAAACAGAGAGAGCUGUUUGUUUUGAGUUUUCAAACACUUUUUUUUUUUAAUCUCUCCUAGUACAGUGGAGCAACUUAUGUUAUUACCCGAGGCGAAGGCAAGACACCCACAUGUCUGGGUCCUGGAGUCCCCUCCACUACUAGUUCCAAAGACAAGAUCUGAAGAUUUCUACUGACCAGUAUAAUCCAAGAUGACAAGUAGUAGCCAUAGCAGUGAUUCUCAGCGAUCUGGAAUAGCAUCCACCCAGGUCAGCUUUGUCUGUCAGAAAUGUUGCCAACCUUUAAAGCUAGACCAGUCAUUCAGCUCAGUGGAUAGUCAAACACUCACUGAUCUCACAGCUCCUCUUAUUGCUGGUACAGGGAGUUCCGGGAAGGCCACGCCCCUUCUCCAGAGUACAGAUAGCAGUGAACCAUUUGAAAUCAACAAAGACGAUGGGGUAUCUCGAAAGGUGGUAGCACCAAGGUUAUCAUCACAUGACAGUGGUCAAGAUUUCACACUCCUUGGAGAAACAGCCAGCAGUAGAAUGGAAAGUCUUAGCCACAGAGUCAAGGUAGCGAGUCAGUUAUUUGAUGUGAUGUCAGGGCAGUCAGAUAUUGAUCAUCCUUUGUGUGAGGAGUGUACAGAUUCUUUGUUGGAUCAGCUAGAUCAGCAGUUGAAGAUAACGGAGGAUGAAUGCAAGCAUUACAGGGAAUCAUUGGAGAAACUUACUGAAUCAGAAGGCCAUGGGGAGAGCAAUGAAGAUCUAGAAAAAGAACUCCUAAAGCUUGAAGAAGAAGAAAAGGAGAUGAUAAAACAGCUUGAAGGCAUUGAACAAGAGAGAAGAGAUAUCCAGGAGGAGAUGAAGAAACAGCAAAAUGAACAACAAGAAUUGAAGCUAGAAGAAGAAAGGUACUGGCAGGAUUAUAACGAGUAUAAGCGUCAACUACUUGAGUUCCAGGAAGAGCAAAGAAGUGUUGAUAAUCAACUGAGAUAUACACAAACACAACUAGAGAGACUCAACAAAACAAAUGUCUUCAACUCAACAUUCCAUAUAUGGCACAAUGGUCACUUUGGUACAAUCAAUGGAUUCCGGUUAGGUCGCCUUCCAAGUGUUCCUGUUGAAUGGAGUGAGAUCAAUGCAGCUUGGGGUCAAACGGUCCUCCUACUUCAUUCACUUGCGAGAAAGAUGAACUUCACAUUCCAGAGAUAUCGUCUUGUUCCCUAUGGCAAUCAUUCACACCUAGAAUCUCUGACAGAUAAAUCUAAACAGCUCCCUCUGCAUGGCUCAGGAGGAUUCAGAUUCUUCUGGGAUACCAAAUUUGACCAAUCAAUGGUUGCAUUCCUGGACUGUUUACAACAGCUAGAGGAGGAAGUAGAGAGAGGAGAUUCUAGCUUCUGUUUGCCCUACAAGAUGGCUAACGGCAAAUUAGAAGACACCAAUACUGGACAGACAUAUUCUAUCAAAAUCCAAUUCAACUCUGAAGAACAGUGGACCAAAGCCUUGAAGUUCAUGCUGACAAAUCUGAAGUGGGCCCUCGCUUGGGUGUCAUCACAGUUUACCAAAUGAUGCUAGACUUCUAUCAUUUUGCUUUUUAAUUCCAGAGAUGUCAUCGCUAAGGCCCGUAUUCUGAUAUCGGGUUUAAUUUAAACUCUGGUCUAAAGUUGUGGUUUAACGAUGGAAAGCUAAUUGUGAAACAAAUCUCUAAUGGUACAGGUUCAAUUUAGCAGCUCAUAUUUUACUCAGAUAAUUCAUAACUGUCUGGGAAUAAUAACUGAAUUUGAUUUCUUCAUCAUUAAAGUCUAAGUGAAAGAGGACUGGAAACGGAAGAAAUAUACAAUGUAAACAAAAUUAUGACAUUUUUUUGGUUUCCCAUUAUAUUAGCAGAGUUAGACCAUGGUGU